AUGUCAGAAAAGACAACACCUUCAUCCGUUUCUGCCAAUGAGGCGGAGCUCCAUCCUCCUACUCCUAGAUUCAGCUCCCGGCCUCAGUCUAGCUCUGGCAGGUCUACCCCAUCAAUUCAGAGCUCCAUGUUCCUUGAUGAUAUCAAGCAUGAGGUCAUGGUCAACUAUCUGUACCAGCAGCAGUGUUCUCAGCUCUGGGUAAGCGAUGGAUCUGGAGAGAUUGAAGGAGUUUUACUUCGCAAGGCUCGAGGCCACUACAUGGCCUGCCCACCUCAGCUUGCCAGCUCUCCCUUCGCAUUGGCAUGCGCUGCUCUCAACGUUCAAUGUGCCAUGACGGUCAAUUCGCGUGUUAUCAAGACUUUCUUGCAGUGGUCUCCUGACGCUGUUGAUGUGCCGCUCAUGAACGGCCUGCGCGUGCAAAUCCUCCCCACAAUUGACGAUUUGCCGCGAGCCCGUAAAUACCAGUUUGCAGCCUUUGUUGCGUCUGAGGGCCUUCUAGUUGUUUGGGACGAUGACGCUCUUCAUCUGGUUGCACGCGCCAAGGCCAUUGAAUCCGAGCUCAUGGAGUUGGUCUGGAAGGCUGGCAACCCUGAAGAAGAAGACAGCGAUGAGAAGAGAGCCCAGCCUGUCGCCGAGGUUGAAAUUGAUGAAGAGAGUGGUGAAAUUAAGCCUGAAAAGCGACCUAUCCAUCUCCAGAAUACGGUCCUCGUGUCUCUGACUCUGGUUCUUGUUACCGUCUCUCUUGGUGCUGCCUGGAGGCAGCUGGCCAUUGAGGUUUCUGUUGACAACACCUACAUUCGUCUUGCCCUCGUUGCACUGGCUCCGGUUCAGGUGUUUUUCACCCUCUUUUUCGCCCAGGUUAUUAUUGGUUGCUUGGCUCAGAUCUUCGGUCCCAUUCGCCAGCUCACCAUCAACUCCAAGUUUUACUCUGCCAGACCUCCGCCGCGUUUGCAGACUGCCAUUCUUCCCCACGUCACCAUCCAGUGUCCUGUCUACAAAGAAGGUCUGCAGGGUGUCAUUAUGCCAACAGUCAAGUCCAUCAAGCAGGCCAUGUCUACAUAUGAACUUCAGGGUGGCUCCGCAAACAUGUUCAUCAAUGACGACGGUUUGCAACUCAUCUCCGAAGAGGAUCGUCUGGCACGCAUUGAAUUCUACGCUGACAACAGCAUUGGCUGGGUUGCUCGCCCGAAGCAUGGAGAGAACGGCUUUACCCGCAAGGGCAAGUUCAAGAAGGCCUCCAACAUGAACUUUGCUCUCAUGAUUUCCUGCAAGGUUGAGGAGAAGCUUCAGGCAAUUGAGCGUCCUCCCGAAUGGAGCCAGAAUGACGAGGCUUUGGCAUAUGAGGAAGCUCUCAAGGAAGUUCUCGAGGCUGACGGCCGUGCCUGGGCUGAUGGCAACAUCCGCAUGGGAGACUACAUCCUGCUGAUUGAUUCUGAUACCCGUGUUCCCGCUGAUUGCUUGCUGGAUGCCGUUUCCGAAAUGGAGCAGUCUCCUGAUGUCGGCAUCAUGCAGUUUUCUUCUGGUGUCAUGCAAGUUGUCCACACCUAUUUCGAGAACGGCAUUACCUUUUUCACGAACCUCAUCUACUCUGCCAUUCGAUACACUGUAUCCAACGGUGACGUCGCGCCCUUUGUCGGCCACAACGCUAUCCUUCGUUGGUCCGCCAUCCAGCAGGUCGCCUACCAGGAUGAAGACGGAUACGACAAGUUCUGGUCAGAAAGCCACGUCUCAGAAGACUUUGACAUGUCGCUGCGUCUGCAGGUCAACGGCUACAUCAUUCGCCUGGCUGCCUGGGCUGGCGAAGGUUUCAAGGAAGGUGUGUCUUUGACAGUCUACGACGAGCUUGCCCGAUGGGAGAAGUACGCCUAUGGUUGCAACGAGCUGCUGUUCCACCCCAUUCGAACCUGGCUCUGGCGCGGUCCCUUUACGCCUCUGUUCCGACGUUUUCUGUUUUCCAACAUUCGCUUUACGUCUAAGGUCACUGUUAUCUCCUACAUUGGUACCUACUAUGCCAUUGGAGCUGCCUGGAUCAUGACUGCGGUAAACUACUUCGUCAUGGGCUGGUUCAACGGUUACUUGGACAAGUACUAUAUGGAUUCGUGGCAGGUCUGGUUUUCCAUCAUCAUUGUGUUCAACGGCCUUGGUAACAUUGCCCUUGCUGUCAUGCGUUACCGUGUUGGUGAGCGUGGUCUGCUUUACGCCCUGUUUGAGAACUUCAUGUGGACUCUCAUGUUGGCCAUUUUCCUCGGUGGCUUGUCAUUGCACGUCAGUCAGGCUCUUCUGGCUCACAUGUUUGAGAUUAACAUGACAUGGGGUGCCACUGCCAAGGAAGCCGAGUUUUCCAACUUCUUUAUUGAAGUUCCGAAGGUCUUGAAGAAGUUCAAAUUCUCUAUGCUCUUCUCGCUGAUUUUCAUUGCUGGCAUGAUCGUUCUUGCUCAGGCACCGUUUGUCCCCUAUGAUUGGCAAAUCAAGGACUUCGUCGCUAUCCUGCCCAUGGCCACCGUCGCCGCCAGUCACUUCCUGUUGCCUCUGGCCUUGAACCCUGCCCUCAUGACCUUUUCAUGGUAA